AUGUUACUGAAGGGGCUUAACGCCCGUCGCUGGCCCUCGCACCGUUGGUCAACACUACAAUUCACGACCACGACCACUUACGCGCCGAUACAACUACCACCCCUGCCACCUCCGGCUGAGCCAAAGGACCCUAGAGAAUAUCCUUUGCUCCAUGCUAAGUUUCCUUCAUCCAUCAAGAGAUUCCACCUUGUGUUUCCUAAUGGCUCUCGUGCGACAUUCCGCGACGGGACAGACGGCGAAGGAGAUCUGGACGAGGAGGAAGGGCUGGACAAUGGUAAGACCCGACUCAACCGGCAGUUCAAGCAAGGUUGUUGGGCUGGUGGAGGCGAGCCUACGACUGAGCGCAAAACACAUAUGCCUCCUCGAAAGAAGGCAAGGGCGACACAUCUUCCACCGAUUACUACUUUGAAUGCAGCCGCACCUCCAUCUCCAUUACCAUCUCCUCAUGGGUCACCACCACCACAGCCUAUAUGGCCUUCUGCACCUCCUAGUGGCGCCUCUUCUCCACAACAUCAAGCACCACUACAACCAGAUCUUGCCCUAAUGACCCUUCUUACACUUCCCUCUCUUUUAUCACAUUUUAUAAGUCUUCCGCAACCGUUACAAUCUUAUUUCCUCCUUACUUUAUUACGGCAUUCUCCCUUACCCGUUCUGCGGAGAUCUGACCAAAGUACAGGAUCAGAGUCGAUAAUGACGCGCCAAGCUUUGGAUACUCUGGAGGCACGAACUACGGUAGAAUAAGGAAGGAAACUCAGAACAUGGGAUGCAAGUUCUGGGGGAAGUAAUGUUAAAAAAUCACGCGCCAGAGUGGGAGUUAAAAUAGAAUGCAACG